AGAGAAAAGUGGGCGGGGACUUAAUACUCGCACUACUGCAAUGGAUGUUUGAGUUAAUUCCACUCUUGUGUGCUGCAAACACACAUUGCACUUGUUUUUAAGGUUGCAUAUAAAAAAGUGGCAACACAUUUAGUUGAUUUUGUUAUUCUGUUGAUGGUAGGGAUUCGACAAAGUGCUCUGCUUUGCGUCUGCACACAAAGUGACGUCACACUGGCAGAAGAACAGGAUGGGCAGGUAAAGAACAAAAAAAAUGGUGAAGCAGGAGUUAGCCAACAGGCCUGACAACACAGCCUUCACUCAGCAGAGGCUUCCAGCAUGGCAGCCCAUGCUCUCAGCUGGCAUCAUCAUCCCAGGAUUUGUCCUCAUCGGCCUGGCAUUCAUUGGCAUUGGCGUCGCUCUCUUUGUCACUUCACGGAGCAUCCAGGUGUUGGAGAUCGACUACACUGGGGUUGAAACAAGCCACCCAUGCUUCACGUGCUCCGACCCAGAUGUCAAGAAGUGUGUGUGCCAGCUGGACUUCACCAUUGACAGUUUAUUUAAGGGACCUGUGUUCUUUUAUUAUGGUUUGAACAACUACUUCCAGAACUACAGAAAGUACGGUGCGUCCAAAGACGAUGACCAGCUGUCUGGAGACCUGUCUAACUUUAAGAGUCCCAGUGACACCUGUUCACCCUACGAGUAUGACAGCAAUAAUAAUGACAAACCAAUUGCACCAUGUGGAUCAAUAGCAAACAGCAUGUUCAAUGAUACCUUCAAGCUGUAUCAGAAAGUCAAUGGGUCAAAGAAGCUGGUGCCCUUCGAUGGCAAAGGGAUUGCUUGGUGGACAGACUACAACGUCAAAUACAGAAACCCCGAUGUCUCACCUCUGAAGAACGCAUUCAACGGUACUGUGAAGCCUUUAUUUUGGCCCAAACCUGCUUACGAGUUGGACCCCUCAGACCCUGCGAACAACGGCUUCAUCAAUCAAGAUUUCCUGGUGUGGAUGAGGAGGGCGGCCCUGCCCGAUUUCAGAAAGCUCUAUCGACGAAUCACUGAGGGGGAUUAUAGGCUGGGUCUGCCAGCUGGAGACUACAAUCUUGAAAUUGCCUACAACUAUCCUGUUCUGAGCUUUGAUGGGAGAAAGAAGGUGGUGUUCAGCAACGUGUCCUGGAUGGGUGGCAAGAAUGAGUUCCUGGGCAUUGCCUACCUUGUGAUUGGUUCAAUGUGCGUCUUCAUGUCGUUAGUCAUGCUCAUUGUCUAUGCAAAAUUCAAGUUUCCUGAGGAAGACUGAGUGCCUGCUCAUGGACGUUUGCUUGCUGGUUGUUUAUCUACCCUAUCAAUACUUUUUUUUUUUUUCUUUUUCCCCUUUUUUGCUCAAUGGGAUGAUGAGAGCAUUGUACGGUGCUCACACAAAGAGAAAUAUAGAGCUAGACUCCAUUUGAACGCUUGUUAUUGUGGACAUGAAGAUGUAUCCUUAGGAGCAGAAGUCUGGUGUUAUUUUUGAGACAAAUGUUGACACCGGAGUUUCCCCAUGUCUGCAAAAUAAGUUGAUUUACAAUAUGGGUAUAUGUACUUGAAAGAACAUCUAGGAAAUGAUGCUCUCCUGAGUGCAAAAUCAGGAUUUGAAUGCCAAUGGAACAGCUGUAAGAGGGGUCUCUUAAAUUUGUGCUUCAUUAUCACAAAAUGAGCUGCUUCCUCAUUUUAGGUCAGUAAUAAUUUUAAAGCCAUAGACUAUUUGAUAAGCCAUAUGAUACUGGACAAUACUUUAUACUUUAUUGUGUGAGCUGUGUAGUUUAUUUGGAAGUAAUGCUUUAAAUGUGGGAAUAAUAUCUCAGGGAUCUGGUGUACAGGCUAUGCAAGCUAAUGUUUUAAUCAUACUGUGGUUUCAGAUAUUUUACUUCAUGUUGAUAUUUAUUUAAUAAAACUACAUCAAAACCAUUCCCCUCUGUCUUAUUAUGACAUUUAGGUUCUACAGGCAACAUUGACAUGCUAUGUUCAUUUUUAAAUCAUUUCUAACUGUCUAGGUGGGAUUCUAUGAAAAUGUGGGCUUUACACUAUCACUAGGUCAUUUUUUUUAAUCCCUCAUCAACUUCUUUAUUAUGAUUAUGAUGAUCUGGGAUAAUGUUCUGCAAGCUUUUUGGCCUUUU